GAUGACGAUAGAUUUUCUAGUCGUCUCAAGGCUUGCGCGUGCAUAUGUAGGAAGGAGACCAAAUUCUACAAAGUUUACAAGGAGAUUGAAUCACUCAAGCAACGAAUCAUGGAUAUCUCUCGCAAACGAGAUACUUAUGGUAUUAGAGAUAUCAAUAAUGCAGGAGAAGGUCCAAGUAAUCAGUCUGCCAUGGUUAGAACAUUGAGGAGAACUACCUCCUAUGUGGAUGAUCAGGAUCACAUUUUUGUUGGAUUUCAGGAUGUUGUAGAAUCAUUGCUAGCUGAACUUCUCAAAGCAGAGACUCGUCGAAAUGUCAUAUCCAUUUACGGUAUGGGCGGUUUAGGCAAGACCGCACUUGCGAACAACCUCUACAAAAAUCCUAUUAUAGUCUCUAGCUUCCCAACACGCGCUUGGAUAUGUGUUUCUCAAGAGUAUAACACCAUGGAUCUACUUAGGAAUAUCAUAAAAUCCAUCAAAGGUUGCACCAAGGAAACUCUAGAUUUGUUGGAGAGGAUGACAGAAAGAGAUCUAGAAAUUCACCUUCGUGAUCUAUUAAAAGAACGCAAAUACCUUGUUGUCGUUGAUGAUGUAUGGCAGAGAGAAGCAUGGGAGAGUUUGAAAAGAGCAUUCCUGGAUAGCAAGAAUGGAGCAGAGUGAUUAUUACCACUCGCAAAGAGGAUGUCGCUGAAAGAGCAGACAACAGAGGUUUUGUCCAUAGACUUCGUUUCCUGAGCCAAGAAGAAAGUUGGGACCUCUUUUGUAGGAAACUACUUGAUGUUCGAGCAAUGAUUUCAGCAAUGGAAAGUCUAGCUAAGGAUAUGGUGGAAAAGUGUAGAGGCUUACCUCUUG